CUGGUCCUGUUUCUCAACCGGUCAGCUUGUCAGGGAGGGACAAAAAGAGGCCGAGAGAAAGUGGAGAGCAUGGUUCAGGAGAUGAUCUGGCGUCUCCUUAUGAUGGAUCCCGACAGAAGCACCGGAAAUUGGGGCUCCACACCGAGGAGGUUGCGGACUCUAGUAGGGGACGGCUGAUCACGUUCCCGGACGUGGCAGCCAUGGACGACCUUCCAGGGUCCACCGGCAAGAUCGCCGAAACUCGCAUCACCCACCCGAUUGGUGUGACUGCGGGCAUGCCGGCUUUUCAGGCAUCAUCACCUCUGCCUCUCUUAGAUGAGAGAGAUCGAGGUGACCAAAUCAACAACUGCGCCAUGGAUGAUUCCAUUGCUGCGCAGCCCAAACACCGAGAUGACGGAAGCCUCUCCCACUCCCCAAUACGGAGCGGUGACGCGCAUCCGUCAAUAAUAGAUGGCAUCUGUUCGGGGUCUGCCCAACAACGGGAUCACGCACUGUCGGACAGAGCAAAUGCGGAGAUUGAUGUGGAGAGGUCCUACGAUGGGUUGGAGGACUGGUUGGUGGACGAUGCCUACUCCUUAGCACAAGGCUCAGGAGAUAGAGCAUGUGACUCUCGAGCCUCGAUCUCUUCGGCCGAAAGCCCUCGACAGAGCUCACUGUCCAAUAAGGCUGAUCACCUACAGGGGGCUUCCAUAUCACCAAGGAACCUGUAUAAGACAUACCGAAGUGUGGGGAUUCAAGUUGGUGCCGCCGUCGAUAUCCGUGCUCCGAGACGUUACUCUUCGGCACCCCCAUCCUGAUACCCGCACUCAUUUGAUGGAACCCACCAGUUUACGUGGGAAGCAGAGUUGCUCUGAUGAACCAAAUUCAAGCGGAAUCCCCUCAUAGAGAACACAAAUGGACAUUCUUUGCAAACGUUCUAGAGUCCGAGUCCUCGCCAAACUGGAGGUCAGGUCAGGCCCUUUGCUACCCCAAACUCGAGGGUCUGAGACUUGCGCGAUAUGUGUGUUGCUCUCUGUCCCACACACUAUCCAGAGCCGGCUUUCUGGAUGGUGUCAUAAGGGUUGUGUACUAACUCUCGUCACGACGUAAACUUGUUCCUAUGCCGCACAUGUAAAGAUCCAAGGUCAUACGGAAUGACAUCGUCGUGCAAACGCGAAG